UUCGGCUCGCAUGCGUUUGCCAAGUUUGCCCCAGGUAUGGCACAGGCGGUGAUCAUUUCAGUUGCAGACCCUCUUUGGAAGCGCGCUACGCUCAAGCUGUCAAAGUGGGAGAAUCAUCGUACGACUCAGGCGUAUGAGAACAGCAUCAUUACCAAGCGAUUUGCCUUUCAGUUUGUGUCCAACUACAUUACAUUGUUUUAUAUCGCGUUUGUCAAGCCAUUCACGCCAUCAGACCCUUGCCUUUUGGAUGCAUCUGGAGCUCCGGACUGCAUGGUUGAGCUUGGGAUGCUGCUCACUUCAUUGCUCAUCACAAAGGCGACGGUGCAGCAGUUCAUAGAAGUAGGGAUGCCAUUUAUCAAACUGCGCGUCACUCAGUGGCUGAAAAGGAGAGAGCAUCGCGAGCUUGUUGAAGAAAUGGACACGACCCAGCGCAUACAACUGUUCGCGGCAGGCGCUACGAUUGACGAUGCAGACACGCAAGAUCUCGUAGAAGAGUUAAGAAUGCCUCCGUAUCGGUCGACGGUUGAAGACUAUGGAGAAGUUGUAAUUCAACAUGGUUUUCUAGUGAUGUUUGGCAUCGCGUUUCCGCUCGCAGCACUGAUUAACUUUCUCAACAAUAUGGCGGAAUGCCGCACGGACACAUACAAAAUGCUCGCCGUACACCAGCGACCGGAUGCUGAUGAUGCAGCGGACAUAGGAGGAUGGUUGCCCGUACUGAAAGUUUUGUCCACUGCAUCUAUCGUGACCACGGCUGCUCUCGUUACUAUUACGACCCCAGCACUUCAACUGGCUCUCCCGGAUUUUAUCGGUAACGUUGGAGAGCGGUAUCCAGCGGUCUCUUUCUUGAUUUUCGAACAUGUCCUGUUAGUUUCUCAUCGCCAAAUGCUUCAAUGUUGGUAUGCAACCUUACUUUGA